AUGUCUCCCACGGAACUCCACCCCGGUACCAAAGGGUUCUCGGACGCGGCCUCAUAUGACGCGUACCGGCCCUCGUACCCGCCCGAGGCGACGCAACGGUUCCUGUCGCAUCUGAAGAUUGCCGACUUUGCGCACGCCAAUGUCCUCGACCUGGCGGCGGGCACGGGCAAAUUGACAGAGGUUCUGGCUGCCAGACACGAGAGCUUCAAUGUUGUAGCGGUGGAGCCUCAUGCGGAGAUGCGCGCAGAGCUGGAGAGGAAGGCGUUGAAAGGCACGGUGGUGAGGGAUGGGUUUGCGGCCAAGGUGCCAUUGGAGGAGGAGUGGGGCGAUGCGUGUGUUGUUGGACAGGCUUUUCACUGGUUCGCGAACGAGGAUGCUCUCAAGGAGAUCCACCGCGUCUUGAGACCUACAGCUGUGCUGGGUUUGAUCUGGAAUAUUGAAGACUACAACAAGCCAAAGCAUUGGCAAGCCAGCACACCAUGGGAGCAGUCACUCAACGAGCUGGUCUUCAGCCUUGGCACCGACGGCCAGCCCCGCUUCCGCGACUUCGUCUGGAAGGACGUCUUUGACCGGCAGCUCGACUCGAACCCGCUCAAGGCCGUCAAGGACGUUGUCCUCGAGGGCGGGCGGAAGAUGCCCCUCUUCAGCGUCCCCGUCGGCGAGGAAAAGGUGCCCUUCACCGUCUGGCUUACGCCCGAGGCGGUGUGGAACCGCAUCCGUACGCUGAGCCAGAUUGCUGUGCUGGAGGGCGCGGCAGCCAAGGGUUUCAAGGACAGGUUUGACGACAUUCUGGCGGGAGAGACGGUCGAGAAGAAUGACAAGGGCGAGGUUGCGCUGCAUGGCGUCACAUAUUUCGCGUGGACUUCGAGGUUGUGA